AUGGCAGUAGCUCAGCGCCCCGUGUGUCUCCUUUUCGACAUUGGUGGAGUGUGUGUCGUGUCGCCAUUCCAGGCCAUUCUUGACUAUGAACUAUCACAAAACAUCCCUCCCGGAUGGGUGAAUUUUAGCAUAUCGCGCACCAAGCCCAACGGGAGCUGGCAUCAGUUGGAACGUGGUGACAUCUCCAUGGAUGCCAAAUUCUUUGCCGGCUUCAACGAGGAUCUACGCAAUCCAAAGCUAUGGAGGGAAUUCCAUGAACAACUUCACAAGAAGAAAGGCGCGAGUGGCCCGGCCGCAGUCCCACCACUGCCGACCGUGGACGCCGAAUGGCUUUUCUGGGAGAUGAUGAGAGUAUCUCGCACCCCUGACCCAUAUAUGUUCCCAGCAUUGCAAAAAUUGCGGGAGUCGGGCAAAUAUCUUAUGGGUGCCCUGUCAAAUACUGUCAAGUUUCCCGAGGGCCACCCAUAUAACAACGAUGUGUCCGGCGUGAGAUCCCAGUUCGACUUUUUUGUUUCAUCUGCGCAUACGGGGCUUCGCAAACCAGAUCCCCGGAUCUAUGAGGUUGCGAUUCAGGAGAUGAAGGCUUUGGCGCAGAAGCGUGGACUUCCUGCAGUGCAGGCGUCGGAUAUCGUCUUCUUCGACGACAUUGGUGAAAAUUGCAAGGCGGCAAAGAAUGCUGGGAUGCGUACGGUCAAGGUGACCCUGGGAAAGAUUGAAGAUGCAGUCAAGGAAUUGGAGAAGAUUACUGGACUUCCAUUGCUGGAGGGUGACAAGGCUCGACUAUAG